CUUGUAAACCGCUCGGGUUGACCGAUGAAGCCGUAAAGCCAGUCAAGCUCUCUGGUUUUUGUUGUUGUUGUCGUUGUCCUUUUUUUAAGGCGGAGUGGUUUCGUUUGAUUCCAAAUGGCCAAAUGACAGCCCGACCCAGUUAGUUUUCCAAUCAAAGGGCAUUUUUUUCUUUCUUCUUGAAUGUCUCUCUGCGGCCCAACGGCCAACGCAAAAAUGAUGGCGGCGUACAACGGCGGGACGUCUGCGGCAGCGGCGGGCCAUCACCACCAUCACCACCACCACCUCCCUCACCUCCCUCCUCCUCAUCUCCACCACCACCACCACCCCCAGCACCAUGUCCACCCGGGGUCAGCCGCGGCCGUCCACCCCGUACAGCAGCACACGUCCUCGGCCGCGGCGGCGGCAGCGGCGGCGGCGGCCGCGGCGAUGUUGAACCCCGGACAGCAGCAGUCGUAUUUCCCGUCCCCGGCCCCGGGUCAGGCUCCUGGGCCGGCUGCGGCCGCCCCAGCUCAGGUACAGGCUGCAGCAGCCGCUGCAGCUAAAGUUCACCAUCAUCAACACUCGCAUCAUCCGCAACAGCAACUGGAUAUCGAACCGGACAGACCCAUUGGUUACGGAGCCUUCGGUGUCGUCUGGUCAGUAACAGAUCCAAGAGAUGGAAAGAGAGUUGCCCUCAAAAAGAUGCCCAACGUCUUCCAGAAUCUUGUCUCUUGCAAAAGGGUCUUCCGAGAAUUGAAGAUGUUGUGUUUUUUUAAGCAUGAUAACGUGCUCUCUGCCCUUGACAUUCUCCAGCCUCCACACAUUGACUAUUUUGAAGAAAUAUAUGUUGUCACAGAAUUGAUGCAGAGCGACCUCCAUAAAAUUAUCGUCUCUCCUCAGCCACUCAGCUCAGAUCACGUCAAAGUUUUUCUUUAUCAGAUCUUAAGAGGUUUAAAGUAUCUCCAUUCAGCUGGCAUUUUACAUCGAGACAUUAAGCCAGGGAAUCUUCUUGUGAACAGCAACUGUGUUCUUAAGAUUUGCGAUUUUGGAUUGGCCAGAGUCGAAGAAUUGGAUGAAUCCCGUCAUAUGACUCAGGAAGUUGUCACUCAGUAUUAUCGGGCUCCGGAAAUCCUGAUGGGCAGCCGUCAUUACAGCAAUGCUAUAGACAUCUGGUCCGUAGGCUGCAUCUUUGCAGAGCUACUAGGUCGAAGAAUACUGUUUCAGGCGCAGAGUCCCAUUCAACAGUUGGAUUUGAUCACAGAUCUGCUGGGCACACCGUCGCUGGAAGCAAUGAGGACGGCUUGCGAAGGCGCCAAGGCACACAUACUCAGGGGUCCUCAUAAACAGCCAUCUCUUCCUGUCCUGUAUACACUGUCUAGCCAAGCUACACAUGAAGCUGUUCAUCUCCUCUGCAGGAUGUUGGUCUUUGAUCCAUCCAAAAGAAUAUCCGCUAAGGAUGCCUUAGCCCACCCGUACCUGGACGAAGGGCGACUGAGAUACCACACGUGUAUGUGUAAAUGCUGUUUUUCAACCUCUACUGGAAGAGUUUAUACCAGUGACUUUGAACCCAUCACCAAUCCCAAAUUUGAUGACACUUUUGAAAAGAAUCUCAGUUCUGUUCGACAGGUCAAAGAAAUUAUUCACCAGUUCAUUUUGGAACAGCAGAAAGGAAACAGAGUGCCUCUCUGCAUCAACCCUCAGUCUGCUGCUUUUAAGAGCUUUAUUAGUUCCACUGUUGCUCAACCGUCUGAGAUGCCACCGUCUCCCCUGGUUUGGGAAUAACCGUGGACGAUAAUAUACUACUGAAGAUGUAAUGUAGCUUUCCACUGGAGUCUGGGAUUUGCAAUUCUGGAGGUUAAUCAUGCGUGUACUGUAAUUUUACUAAUGAAGUUUUAAAUUAACAACCACUACUUGUAUGAUACGAAUAAUAUUUAGAAAUGUUACUAGACUUUUAAAUCUUGUAAAGUGGUUGCGCUUUUAGAAGAAAAAUGUUUUUCCCAGAGUUGCACACUUUUUUCUUUUCUUCUCCUCCUCCUCCUCCUCCUUUUUUUUUUAUCCUAGUGCAGCUGUUGCGGCUCACCUCCGAACAAAUCGAAAACCGAACCAAAUUUGAGGGGUUGCUUUGGUUUUGUGUUUUUUGUUUUGUUUAUGUUUCACUGAAGUGAGAUUGUACAAAAAAAAAAAAAGGACAGACCUACAUUUUUUGAUAUUUGAGCCAUUCCUGAAGAUUUGGGGUUUUCUAAAACUAAAGAAUCCAGAGAACUUGAUCGUGACCAAUCAUGGAAGCCACACCUGCGGUGGCCACACAAUGGGACUGGGGGGUCGAGGGGUGUCAGGGUCAUGCCAUCUGAUGAUCAAACCCUAUAAAUAGCUUCUCAUUAGAGCUGUGACAGUGAUGUGUGCUGUUCUGAAAUCAAAUGUCGUGGGUAGAGAGAAUGAGUUUGUGAUUAGGAGAGACUAAACUUCUUCUGUUUUCCUUACCCCGUAUAAAUAUAUAUAUAUAUAUUUAAUCUAUUUUUAUUAGAAGUUUUUCUGCUCUUUCUUACAUAAAAGGACCCCCUCCCCCGAGCAUGCUUCUUUCAUGUGUGUAAAUAAUUCCAUUUAUGGGCUAAUUUCAAAAAAACAAACAAAAAAACCAACAACAACAGCAACAAAAAAACAAAACACCCUGACCUUGCUGUAUAGAGAGAAACUUAGCUUGCACAUUUUAGGUCUGUGAAAUUUUGUGAGACUUUUCCUGCACUGGACAGUUAAAAAAAAAAUUCUAAAAAGACAAAAAACCGACAAAAAAAAUCUCCACAAAAAAAAAAAAACAGCACAUAGGGAAUUAUGUUGAUUGUGUUUGUGUCCUUAGGCAAAACUGUGGAAGUCUUGAAAUGUCACAGUAGUAAAUAACUUAUUACUUUCUGGCUAAUUCUUCUUCUGUUGGAACACUGAAUUUAUUCUGUGCAUAUGUAUAUAUGAACACAAAUUGAAGGCCUCUACGCCUCUACCUCCUGGAGUAUACAACUUGGCUUGUUUACCUCCACAUAAUGAUGAUGAUGAUGAUGAUGAUGAUGAUUUUUUUUUUAAGUUCAAUGUGGAGACUUGAAACUUGAAAGUCCCUUCCAACUUUUAUAUUUAAAAAAAAACAAGACAAGAAAAUUGAAGACCGUUUUUCACCCGUACAAGGAAUACUAAUGGAUCGUCCUAAAAUUGGUCUGGGGAAAAACCUUGGUGUGUGUUAUGGACAAUUAACUGUAAAAGUUAUUGUAAGUUAUCUGUAUUUAGCAGAGUAUUUUCAACCUGAGUGAUCUGAGCUGAAUUUGGAGACUAUUAGUAAGUUAUGUUUGGAAGUUUUAACUUCAAUGAAGUAAUUAUUUGCUGUGAAAGAGACAAACAUUGAAUUACUAAACAAAGAUGGUGCAAUAUCUUUGUUUUUUAUGAGGCUCCUGAGAAUCAACCCGACUGAAGCAUUUCAAAUUCACUUGAAUGAGAAGCGUGUUUAGUUACAAAAGAGCCCAAGAAGACACUGGUAUGAAAGGUACAAUCUCAGAGGUUGGUCAAUUAACGUGGCACACUUGCUGGUCACUACGUACAAUGUAGAUUUGAAGUACAGUGGUGAAAACAUUAAAUGUGACAUUUGAAAAAGAAGCGGUCUGCUAGUCUCCUUCCCGGUUUUUG